UGAUUUCGGUCUUUUGCACACGGUCCUAAAUGCUAUCCACUAAAAAGUAUUGAAACGAAAAAAUUCACCGUUUUAUUUAGUAAAGGUGUAUCCAACAGGGGGAGAGAUUUGCAAUCGCUAAUCAUCAUGGUGAAUCCUUGUCCUUUGAUGUUGACGGGAAUCAUGUUCUCAGUUUGUUUUGCUGCUGACACUUAUCAAGAUGGCGACUGUGCUUUGAAGAUUCAGAAAAACGGAAUGAGUUUGUUGAACGAAGGAAUGAAGCUUAUUGAUCCAGACAUCAAAAUAGCGGGGAGGUUUCAUGAAGCAUUAAGAGAUCUUUACCAGAACGUCAACAAAGAACACACUCUUAACAUAACGAAAACAUAUUUGCAAAAUAUUACAAUAGAAAGUAACGGCACUACGUUCCAUGCAAUUGAUGGGUUUAAUAAGAAACGUGUGUUUGAAAAAAGGUACAUUUAUUUGUAUACAACUAUGGCCGUCUAUAAAAAACUGAACUCUAUUUUAAGAGAACAUGACUGUACUACAAACACCUUAAGCGAGGGGGACCUCUAUUAUGCUCCGUACUCCGCUGUGCUAAUGAGUGUUCUCAUGUACUGGUCAAAUUUGACAGAGUUCAGAGGACUUACGUACAGAGGGGCAGACCUACCUGAGACAGACAUUAACAAAUAUACCGUCAAUAAAAGAUUUGUCUGGACACAAUUCACGUCCACGUCCACGAACAAAAGCAACGCUUUUGACCGGAAUGUUACAUUCAUCAUCUACAACAAUCAGUCCUCACCAUAUAUGGCUCCCAAACCUGUCUAUCUAUUUGCUUGGAAACCAGAACUGGAUGAAGCAAUAUAUUGUCCCGGUGCAGAGUUCGAAGUUUUAAGAGUUGAGAAAAACAUUUCAGACUCCGUUGGCAGUGCAAUCAUUACCCUCCAAACUGUGAUCAGCACUAGUGAUUCGGGGGAUUGCAGAAGGCAGCCAUUCAUGCUAAACAUAAUUGCGCUUUUCAUCUUUCUUUUAUCUUUUUAAUCUUUGAACUCAAUUUUGACAAACGGAUAACAAAAUACUAAACGUAGCUUACAUUAAAUUAUAGUUUUGACGUCAUAUAUUCGUUGUCGGAAUUCAUAUUUGACUAAAACGUAUUGAAGAAAUUGAACAAUUGUGGAUUUUUCAGCAUUGCUCAAACUUUUAAUUCUCGUAAAAUAAGACACCGGUAGACAGAAAAUGCUUCCGGGUUCGGUGUUUGCCCAAUUCUCUGUUUUGAAUUCCUUACAGUAGUUAUGAUUGAUCAAUCUUCAUUAUCUUCAUCUUUUAAAUACAUCUGAGAUGAAAGUUAGCAAAAUCAUCGAAUAAAAUGUUAUCUACUUUUUGGGGUAAAAAUGAAAUUCAUUAACAGAGAUAAUUUUGCAUGAAUUUAUUGUAUUACGUAAUGAUACAUAUAUUUCCAGUUAUUUUGUCGUUUUAGUUUAGUAUUCAAUGAUUGCGCUGUUUUCCAUUUUGUAUCAUUAUUGGAAAAUGUUUGAAUGACAGUGUAGUGUCAUUGCUUAUUAUUUCAUCUUCCAUUAAGGUACGUUCGAGACUCUUAGGCACCUGAUCCCACCUCUGGUGUGUCCAGGGGUCCGUGUUUGCCCAGCUAUCUAUUUUGUAUUGCUUAUAAGAAUUAUGAGAUUGAUCAAUGUUCGUUAUCUUCACCUAUCAUUUGUAACAACGGUGUACUAACGUCAUAUUGAGGCUCCUAUUUGUCAACUUGUUUAAAAGGUAAAGUAACAUCUUACCUUUCCUCAGGAGAGUCUUUAAAACUGUACAAUAAAUGUGAUCUAUCAUUCCGUAACAUACCUAUGUAAUUGUGUUAUUAGUAUUAUAGGUGGUUAAAUCUUUAUGGUUUCUUUACCAUCAUUUUAACUUGACUUUUUCAAGUGUAUAAUUGUAUAUUUAUUUCAACUAUUGUAUUUUAUAGCAUUUGAUUGUACGGCGUGGAACAUUUUUCAUGGAUAUCAUGUUUUAGAUUUUAGUAAUUUUACUUCACAUUAUUAAUGUUUUUUUAGCAUUGUUUUGAUAUUCUCUGUCUUAGUGCUGUUAUAAUUUCCUUUUACUACGUUUAUAACAUGCUGUAUCAUGUUAUUGUGUGUAGCGCUUUAGAGUGGUUAUUUAUAGUCAUAUAGGGCGCUAUAUAAAUAAAUAUUAUUAUUAUUAUUAAUAUUGUAAAGCCGUUUCUUUACGUUCCGAUUUUGAUGACAGAAUUACUUUAUAAAGAUGGAUGGCUAACAUCGGUUGCGACCAAUCAACAGGAGGUGCCUACUACCUCUAGGUACCUGAUCAUGAUCAGGAGGUGCUUACUACAUCUAGGCACCUGAUCCAAUCUUGGUGUCUCCAGGAGUUUUUUUUUGUUCUGCCCUACUCCUGUUUGUGUAUGCGACCGAUAACUGUGAGUUAUUCUCACCAUUUCACUUAUACCUUACUUUCGAUUAACACUUAAUAGAAUUAUGAUUUAGUAUAAAUAGUGUGUAAAUGUGGCGCACAUAUUUUCAUUGGAUAUAACAUCAAGAUGGGUUGGUUAUAACACAUUUUGACAUCGCUAUAAAUAUGAUUAUUUUUGUAUGUGAAUUCAACUCGAUGUUAAACAAAGAACUAACACUGCUUGGUGAAUAAUGAUUACCUUUAAUUUUGCAUCUUUCAUUGAUAUAUUCGAUUGUGAAUAAAUAGCUGAAUCGUUGAA